GCGUCGCCACCCAUCGGUGGGGCUAUGCUUGCUGCCUCCUGUGUGAUCGCACAGCAGAGUGUGGAAAAGUGGAGGUGCCUGCAUUGGAAGGACCCAUCGGCGACACCGCAGGCACAGACAGCACCAAAUCGCACCACAAAGAACCGGAAGCCGCAGUGCCUGAGGAAGCCACUCCUGGCUCCGAACGCUGCGCUGCGGAGCUGGCUCGCAUCUUGGCGACGGAGGCGAAGAAGCCCUUCGAGGUGUUGGGCCUCGCCGCUGCGAAUGCCAGCAGCUAUGCUGUCAGGAACGCCUUUCGGCGUUUGGCCUUGAUAGUUCAUCCGGACAAGAACCCGGGAGACGAGGAGCGUUGUCACCGUGCACUGCUACGUGCACAGGGUGCGCGAGAGGCGGCUCUCGCGCUGCUGGCCGCACCUCCGGCUCCUUCCAUGGAGCCUGCGAAGCCACGGCCCACUGUCACACGCCCGAGGGAACGAGCUCCUGGCAAAGAGCCACAAAAGCGGAGCGACUUCGAGAGUGCCGAGGCCUUUGUUUCGCACGCCCUGCAGUACGUACUUGAUGAGUGGUAUCGCUUCGUAGACCUGGCUCUGCCUGGCGAUGCGCAGAAGAGAAGGGAGGCUUCGGCAAGACGUGCUGCAACAGCAGCAGCAGCCACAGGGGGUGCUGAAGGUGUGCUGAGGUCAGAAGUUGCUCUCCAGCAGACAACGAAGUCGGUUAAGGCCCUGUCAAAGCUACUGGGCAACCAGGAACUUGGCGCAGAGAUUGUUGCCAAAGUCGAGCGGGUGUGUCGUGGGAUGCUGGAAAAGGAGUAUGCCGCCGCAAACCAGGCCCAGAUGGCAGAGGCAGUGGAAGAAUCCAUAGAUGACAUGGACUGGCUUUCCGACUAUGUCAUCUCCGUGCUGAAGUCUCCGACCUGGGUGGUUCCCAUCCAGGAGUUUAUUGACAAGAAUGCCAUCCUGUUUGACGAAGCCGAGGAGUCCAUGCUGGAGCACACCACAUGCCACAACGAUUUCAAGGAGUUGGUGUCCAACUUGCUCCUCUGCCAUCUCAUGGAGGUGUCGAUCACUGAAGAGCAGUUUGAUCGCUUCUGCGAGACCGGCCUCACAAAGAAUCGCUCUCUGCAUCGUGCUCUGGCCGAACAGCUGCUGGCGGCGGAGGAUUUCCUGACAUUCAAAGCAAUGAUGUCAAAGCACAAUGCGGAGAUCUGCCGUGUGGUGGCGGGCGAUGAGACUGAAGGUGUCACACACCUUGCCAGAGCUGUAGUGAAGAACAGCCUCAAUGAGGGCCUGCUUUCUGCAGACGACUGGCAAAUCUACGAUGACCCGCUGCUCGGUGCCGAAGUCAGCGAUGCCGUGGAUUUCUCCGCCCUGGAGGCCGAGGCCAAGCGCGAAGAGGCCGAACUGCAGCAGGCCAUCGCACUCUCCCUCAGCAUCGAGGAGGAGAGGCUGAGGCAAAUGACAGCCAACGAGGAGCAAAUUCCGGACGUGCCAGUUGCACCACCUCCGCCCCCGCCUGCGGCGGGCUUCACAUCGGCUCCCCUGUGCCACUUGGAUCCUGAAACCACCACUUCGCCCCGGGCUGCCGCUCCCGCUCGGCUUCUCCAAACGGAGCCGCUGAAGCUGGCUAGGAAGCCGUGGGGUUUCACCUCAGCCCCGCUUGUGUCACGCCCGCAGAUACCACCACCACCACCAAGCAUGGCCACACCGGCCCCAGCCACCUUUGAACCGGCCCCCCCAAGCCCCCCAAACGACGUCCCCUCUGCGAUCCCGAGGUUGCCAGGCCGCGCCGGCUUCACCUCAUCACCUCUUUGCAAUGUGCCACCCAAGCCUCGAGUAGCCGUGGGAGCUGCGGAGGAUGGGCCUCCAAAACCACCGCCGCCACCGGCCGAGGAAGCCGAGAAAGCUGCGACCGCCUCGACCGCUUCGCGAACUUUGCCUCCCGUGCAGGCCUUCCGCACCAACCUGCAGCUAUGGAAGCGCCGUGCUUCUGAAGCAGUGCAGCCUCUGCCAAAGCAGUUGCGGGGAGCCAGAAGCAGAAUGUUUUCGCCUCCCUCGUCACCAAAGAGUGCAGCAGGCGACUUUUGUGGCCCCUCAGAGGAAGAGCGCCAGCAGCGCGCUGACCAUCUGAGGCGGCAGCGGGAUCGCCUGAUCGAGAAGCGUGCCAAGGACCGUGAGCAGCAGCUCUCCGAGUUCGGUGGUGCCGCACAUCUUGACAAGGAGGUGUGGGCGGCCCUGGGCCGGCGGCGGGUGGCCGAGCUCAGCGGGGCGCAGCUGGCCAACGAGGCAGCACCCUCACGUGCACAGCCGGAGUCGGCUGAAAAACUUCGGCAAGCACUGACCCGACAGUUGCUUCAAAGCCUGGCACAGUCCAUGGUCAGUGAUGCCGAAGUGCUGGAUGCCUACAUGGAUCUCGCCAUUGGGAACAAAGCUUGGCACACUGAGGUUCCGACUCUGAUGGAGGGAGGCAUGGAUGGCCUGACUGGCAUCGAGCGCGGGCGCAUGUGGAAGCAGGCGCGCACUGCCCAGCGACUCAAUGCGGCCAAAGCGAAAUCCAACGCAAUGGAUGACGAGGAGGUGCGGCGUCACGUGGUUGCCCUGCGGCGACUCCUCACGGUGGCCCAGGCCCUUUCACGAACCUUCUCAGGCAUAGACAGGGAGCGUGGCCGUAUGCCACGACCGUCACUCCAGCCUGUUCCUGAACCUGUGGCAGCAAGGCAUGCAGAUGUGGUCAGCUACAACAAGGCAAUUGCUGGUCAAGCACGCAUGAGCAAGUGGAUCGAGACGAUACGUCUUCUGAGGAGCAUGGAAAACUCCAGGAUGCGACUGGAUGUGAUCAGCUUCACCAGCACUGUCAAGGCAUGUAGCCUAGUCAGUCGCUGGGACUUCGCCCUGCGGCUCAUGGCCAUCAUGGAUGAGUUGUUCGUGACGGCAGAUGCGAUCCUUUAUGGCGCAGCGAUCAGCGCCUGCGAGAAGGGCUGGCUUCUCGCAGCAAGUCUGCUGGGCGAGAUGAAACACUUGCACUUGCGUCUAGACGUGGUCAACUUCAAUGCCAGCGUCAGCAUUUGCGGCCGGGGACACGCAUGGCUAAUGUCGGUGGUACUGCUCGCUUCCAUGUGUUCCAAGCAGGUCGUGCCUGAUGUGUUCAGCCUGACAAGUGCAAUCAACGCGUGCGAGAGCACACGCCAGUGGGAAGUCGCCAGAGCCUUGCUGGUAGUCAUGUCUCUGAAUGCGGUGCAGUCACACCUCCUUAGCUACAACAGCGCGACUAGCGUUUGCGGCCACUCAAGCGAGUGGUCCAUGGCCGUGGGUCUCCUUGCAUGUGCAGCUAUAAAUCAGCUGAGCCCCGACAUUGUCAGCUACAAUGCGACAGUAGAGGGAUGUGCCUGGUCUUCGGCUAUCCACUAUUUGAUGCGCUGUACCCGGAAGGCUGCACUCAGGCCAACGCCGAUUAGCUACACAGCUGCUUUCGAUGCAGCAGGUCCGGGAGCUUCGUGGUCACACUCUCUGCACCUCCUCCGCACCAUGCACGUCUCUGCCAAUGCCAUCAGUUACAACACUGCAUUGAAAGCUCUACCUGUCUGGACAUCGUGCUUGAUCCUAGUUCAGCAAAUGAAAAUCUGCCGAUUGCCUCUGGAUGCCAUGACUUUGAGUUCUGUGUGUUCGAACUGGUUUGUCGCGGCAGGUCUUCUCACCACCCUGGUAGAGCAGACUCAUCAGCUGAACACGGUCAGCUUCAACAGCAUCCUUGCCUCCAUUGAGGGGGGUGGACAGUGGCGUGUUGCCACAAGCCUGGUUUCUGGACUAGAUCGACACAGAUUGCUUCCAGACAUGUUCAGUUUCAGCUUGGCAAUCAGAGCUUGCCAAGAAGAUGGACAGGAAGCGGCUGCUUUGGAACUGCUUCGAGGAGCGCAGGCUUUGCAGCUUUACGACACGUUCACGUUCAACAGUGCCAUCGGCGUUUGCCAUGUCGGUGGAGAUUGGAAUGCUGCGAUCGGUCUUCAAGACCGGAUGAUCGCGCUGGGCCUUCAGCCAGAUGUGAUCACCCAGAGCAGCAUGAUAAGCGUUUGUGAGAGAGCCGCACAAUGGAGGGUGGGACUGAAGCUUCUUGCCUCGAGCUUCGAGAAGAAGGUCGAAGCUGACUUGUUCUGCUUGAACAGCGCGCUCAGCACCUGUGAGAAGGCAAGGAGGCUUCAGGCUGCCUUGAUGCUCUUGCAAAGCUCCGUGGGAGCCGGAUCUGUGCGCCUCGAACCUGAUGUUAUCAGCUUCAACAGCGUCAUCAGAGCAUGUGCGGAUGAUGGCCGGUGGCUCCUUGCUCUUGGCCUGUUUAUGACCAUGCGCAUGUGGCUGGAACCGAAUCUCGUUAGCUACAACAGUCUGAUCAUCACUUGCGCACGAAGAGGGCGAUGGUCAGCGGCGCUUGGCUUUCUGGAAGCCCUGAGAUCAGAUGGGCUAGUGCCAAGCAUUAUCACGCACAGCAGCAUUGCAGCCACUUGCUCGAACUCUGGUGCGUGGAGGUGUAUUCUUGGGAGUAUGGCUGACAUGGAAUGGCAGCGGGUGUUGCCCACUGCGAAAACGUAUGUCAGCGCAGUCAACGCUUGUGAAUUGGCAAAAGACUGGACAGUUGCCGCGUCUCUUUUUGCUGCCGCCGGAAGGCUGGGAGUGUCAGACUGCAGGACGGGCUCGAAACGAGUCAGGGUCUGUAGCAAACUACCGGCAGCGAGUUGGAGGAGGCCGUGCAACCAUUCGUGUUGA